CUGGACUUUGGGAUCAUUACUUUCUGGCUUGCUAUAUAAGCUGCAGAACCUCAACAGCUGAACACAAGCGCUGCCAAGUGGACUUGCAAAUACACUCGGAAACACGGGUCUAAGAGCCAUGAAGGUCCUUGUUGUGCUUGUCCUUGCCAUUUUCAGUGGCUGUCACGCCAACCUCUUCUAUGCUGAUGCACCCAAGCCACAGCUGGAAGUGCUGACUGAUGCUUUCUGGGACUAUGUUGGCAAAGCCACCCAGACAGCUGAUGACACCCUCCAGAUGAUCAAGAAGUCCCAGUUUGGACAGGAAGUCAGUGCUCGUCUGACAGAAAGUGCUGACAUCGCCAGCACAUAUGCAGUCACCCUCCAGGAGCAGCUUCCCCCUGCAGCCCAGGACCUGGUCGUGAAAGUUACCGCAGAGGCUGACGUGCUGAAAGAGCGUUUGAACCAAGAACUGAGCACAGUGAGGGAGAGACUGGAGCCUUACACUGAGGACAUGAAGGCUCAGAUCCAGCAGAGAGUGGAGCAGCUCAAACAGGAGCUGGCCCCCUACGCAGACUCCCUGGACUCUGACGCCCUGAGGACCACCCUGAUGCAGAAGACAGAGGAGUUGAAGAUCAACCUGGAGCAGAAUGUGAGGGAACUGCAGACUCAGCUGGGGCCCUACACUGAUGACCUGAAGCAGAAGGUGGACCAGCACCUGCAGGACUUCAAGGAGCGUGUGGCCCCCGUGACUGAGAAGGUCCAAAGUGAGCUGACUCAGAGAGCCCAGCAGGUGAAAGAGAUGGCCGCCCCCUACGUUGAUGAGGUGAGGGAAAAGCUGAACCCAUACGCCCAGGACCUCCAGGCUCGCCUCAUGUCCCUCUACGAGUCCUUUGUCAGAACCAACUAAGUCAGUUUCCACCUCAUGUUUAACAAAAACAAACUGCAUCUAAAGAAACACAGUUCUCUGAUGUCAGGAACACAUCCAAGUUGAUGAAGACAUAAGCUCACCAGUUUUGAAAUCUGAAGAUGUCUAUGGAUAUUUUUACAGUGUUAAAAAUAGAUAAAUUAUGAAUAUUGACUGUUGGUCUGUGACUACACAGUGUUUUCUCCCUAUAUUAUGGAAAUAAAGCGAAAGAAAAACAUAA